AUGUCGUCGGGACACGGCAGAUCGGCGGGCGAUCUGCUCAUGGACUCAUUGGCGGAAAACUACGAACAAAGACUCGCUCAACUCCAGACGGUCAUCCAGGACCUCACCGAUAAACUUGAAACGUCUUCCAUUGACUCUGCGGAGAGCAAUAACGAUGACUGUGAUGACAUGCCGCUCAGCCAGUGUUCCAGCAACGAGAACCUAGCGACCGAACUGUCUCAGCUCUCACCGCCACGAUUCGCAUCCAUUGAGGAUGUGAGCGCCCAGCUAGAUUCAACUUCGAAGGAAGAGGGGAGUGGCGCACCCUCGAGCGGGGAAUCCGUCGAGCGUAUGAAAGCUGUGACUGGUCCGAACAACACGAUCACCUUGGUACCAGCAUUCUGUGAUGAAACUGAAGCUAUCCUAGAGUUGGACCGACUUCGGGCACAAGUCGAUAAUUUAGAUUGCCAGAAGGGCGCAUUGGAGCUCUCUUUGGAAGAGAGCCACAAUUAUUGUGAGCAGCUCACGAUACUCCUCGGACGUUACAUUUCCAAUCAGCAGUUGCUUAAGACAAUCCUCGACGAAGAAAGCCGUCUCCUACAAGCGACGGAACUCCUGGUGUCGGUUGUCCGCUUGGAAAAACAAGAAGUCGUCACGAAUUGCAGACUUUCGGCACCGUGUACGUCGAGCGAUCGACAGGCUACGACUAGACUCAAAGUUUACCUAGAUAAGAUUCAGGAAGAGAAAAAAUCAUUGGCAAUCGAAGUUCAGAAGCUUGUCGGGAACGACACACCGAGAACAAUACCCAAAGGCCUCCCAGCAAUCACGGGAUAUCGCAAAAUAACUUUUGAGGAAGCUGAAGGCGUCCUCAUGAACUUGAGUCAUGAACUCCGGGCGAAGUGCAGCACGUUACGGAUAGCGACACCUAUGAUCGAUACCGCCUCGUUGCCGGAGAUGACGCUCAUGAAGCCCUCGGAUCCCGAGUCCGCGCAGCAUGCCACAUUCGAGACGCUCGCAAACCAGCAGGAGUUGCUACAACUCAAGGAACAGGUGGCUUCAUUGAAAUUGAGUUUCCAUCUGAAGGAGCGCGAGAGCCGCUUCCUUCAGUUAGAGCUCGCGUCCAAGGAAAAUAUGCUCGACACUGUCCAAGAACAAACGGAUCUGCUGUCCCGUGAAUGUCAGAGGCUUGAGCUAGCUCUCCAAAGAACGUCGUCGCAUGAGCCUCCGAAUCACAGCGGAUGCGGGGAAGCGCUGUCGUGUCCGACCACGGAACUUCGAUUGAAACGAGAGAAGUUUUUGAAACGACGAAUCGACAACCUCUCGGAAGUUAACGGAAACCUAACGAGGCAGUGCGUCUCGUAUCGGCAGAUAAUCAAACAGCUCCAAAGAGACAACGUGAAUCUGCUCCGGCGUUAUGAACGUGUGAAACGGAAGAUGAGUUCCAACCAGAGUCAAGUCAAAGUGGACGCGGUCGCGGAAGACUCGCCGCGAUAG